GCAUUCUACAGUAGGUCAAGAACUGAAAGCCAUGACAAUGAAGGCUGUGUGUGUUCUUCAGGGUGAGGUCAAGGGAACUGUCCAUUUCACCCAAAAUAGCCCAAAUGAACCAGUGAAGGUUACAGGAGAGAUUCAGGGCUUAUCAGAGGGUCUCCAUGGAUUCCAUGUUCAUGAAUUUGGAGAUAAUACCAAUGGGUGCACAAGUGCAGGAGCUCACUUCAAUCUGGACAACAAGACACAUGGAGGGCCAAAGGAUGAAGAGAGACACACAGGAGAUUUGGGAAAUGUAGAAGCAGGUGCAGAUGGUGUAGCACAUGUAGACAUAGAGGACAAAGUCAUCUCCCUCGUGGGGCCAAGGAACAUCAUUGGCCGCACUCUUGUUGUCCAUGCUGAUCCUGAUGAUCUUGGUCGGGGUGGUCAUGAAUUGAGCAAGACUACUGGAAAUGCCGGUGGUCGCAUUGCUUGUGGAGUUAUUGGUCUGGCCAAGGCUUGAAGCUUUUCCUCUUAUAACCCCAGUGCUCUCUAUUCUUACUUUUAUACCUUUAUCCUCUUUUUGCACCCUCUUUGGCUAUUAAAACUACUUUCAACAUAGUAUCAUCUGCUGGGACCAGUAUCACAAAAGUAUGUAGUUUCCUGUUGUCUGUGAGCAAUAAAUUUGUGAGAAUAUUGAAA